CUCGUUAUGCAAAUACAAAAGUCAUUGGUCAUCCCAAUAGAAGGAUCUAGAACACAAACCCUAACUCCCAAACCCUAGUAUAUAACCUCCUUCCGCCUCCUUCUCCGAUCUACUCCACACCUUCAAUCCUCUCUGUAAAUCACUAUCUUUUCAGAUCAUUCAUCAAUGGCGGACACAGAGACGUUUGCUUUUCAAGCGGAGAUCAACCAGCUGCUCAGUCUCAUCAUCAACACGUUCUACAGCAACAAGGAGAUCUUUCUCCGUGAGCUUAUCAGUAACUCCUCUGAUGCUUUGGACAAGAUUCGUUUUGAGAGCUUGACAGACAAGAGUAAGCUUGAUGGUCAGCCAGAGCUUUUCAUUCAUAUUAUUCCCGACAAAGCGAGCAACACUUUGACCAUCAUUGAUAGUGGAGUGGGAAUGACCAAGGCUGAUUUGGUGAACAAUUUGGGUACCAUUGCUAGAUCUGGUACCAAGGAGUUCAUGGAAGCUAUUACCGCUGGUGCUGAUGUCAGCAUGAUCGGACAGUUUGGUGUUGGUUUCUACUCUGCUUACUUGGUUGCUGAUAAGGUUGUGGUGACAACCAAACACAAUGAUGACGAACAGUACGUCUGGGAGUCUCAAGCCGGUGGAUCUUUCACCGUCACCAGAGAUACAUCCGGUGAAUCUCUUGGCAGAGGAACCAAAAUGACACUCUACUUGAAAGAAGAUCAGCUAGAAUACCUUGAGGAACGCAGGUUGAAAGAUCUGGUCAAGAAGCAUUCAGAGUUCAUCAGCUACCCGAUCUCUCUAUGGGUCGAGAAAACCACCGAAAAGGAGAUUUCAGAUGAUGAAGAUGAGGAAGAGAAAGAGAAGAAGGAAGAGGAAGGAGACGUGGAGGAAGUCGAUGAAGAGAAAGAAAAGGAAGAGAAGAAAAAGAAGAAGAUCAAGGAAGUGUCGCACGAAUGGGACUUGGUGAACAAACAGAAGCCGAUCUGGAUGAGAAAACCCGAAGAAAUCACCAAGGAAGAAUAUGCUGCGUUUUACAAGAGUUUAACUAAUGACUGGGAAGAACACUUGGCUGUGAAGCAUUUCUCAGUUGAGGGUCAGCUCGAAUUCAAAGCCAUUCUGUUUGUACCCAAACGGGCUCCGUUCGAUCUUUUCGACACCAAGAAGAAGCCAAACAACAUCAAGCUUUACGUCCGUCGUGUCUUCAUCAUGGACAACUGUGAGGAGUUGAUCCCUGAGUACUUGAGUUUUGUUAAGGGUAUUGUCGACUCUGAAGAUCUUCCUCUCAACAUCUCUAGAGAGAUGUUGCAGCAAAACAAGAUCUUGAAGGUUAUCCGCAAGAACUUGGUGAAGAAGUGCAUCGAGUUGUUCCAAGAGAUUGCCGAGAACAAGGAAGAUUACAACAAGUUUUACGAAGCUUUCUCGAAGAAUCUUAAGUUGGGUAUCCACGAAGAUUCCCAAAACAAAACCAAACUCGCCGAACUUCUUCGUUACCAUUCCACGAAAAGCGGAGAUGAGAUGACCAGUUUGAAAGACUACGUGACCCGAAUGAAGGAGGGUCAAAGCGACAUCUUUUACAUUACCGGUGAAAGCAAGAAGGCGGUUGAGAACUCUCCGUUCCUUGAGAAGCUAAAAAAGAAGGGGUACGAGGUGUUGUAUAUGGUUGACGCGAUUGAUGAGUAUUCAGUUGGUCAGUUGAAGGAAUUCGAAGGUAAGAAGUUGGUUUCCGCUACCAAGGAAGGUUUGAAGCUUGACGAAACCGAAGACGAGAAGGCGAAGCAGGAAGAGUUGAAAGCCAAGUUUGAGGGUUUAUGCAAGGUGAUGAAGGAUGUCUUGGGUGACAGGGUGGAAAAGGUGGUGGUUUCUGACCGCGUAGUGGAUUCCCCAUGCUGUUUGGUUACUGGUGAGUACGGGUGGACCGCUAACAUGGAGAGAAUCAUGAAGGCGCAAGCGUUGAGGGAUUCGAGCAUGGCGGGUUACAUGUCCAGCAAGAAGACCAUGGAGAUUAACCCGGAAAAUGCUAUUAUGGAGGAGCUCAGGAAGAGAGCCGAUGCUGACAAAAACGACAAGUCGGUUAAAGAUUUGGUGCUGUUGCUCUUUGAGACCGCUCUACUAACCUCCGGUUUUAGCCUUGAUGAACCCAGCACUUUCGGCAACAGGAUCCAUAGGAUGCUGAAACUUGGUCUCAGCAUUGAUGACGAUGCUGCGGAGGAUGAAGAUGUUCCUGCUCUUGAGGAAGCUGAAGGUGAUGCUGAGAGCAAGAUGGAGGAGGUCGACUAAUUUACUCGCAGUUGAUUUUAUUCUAUCUUUGUCGUUUAAUCGUUAUGAACCUUUUUAGUUUUCUAAGUGUCUUAUUUUUGUUAUUUUUAUGAAAUGUUUCUGUCAAGACACUUCUCAUUUACAGUCGUUAUAUAGGCAGCAUUUUGUGUUUUUGUUUA